GUAUUAAUAAUAUUUAUUUGUUACACUGAACAUACCCAAACCGUUGUUAAUUUGUUUAAAAAUGAAAGUUAAUUGUCAACGUACAGUCAUUAUAACAAAUUAAAUACCGUAUAGAGGUGCGAAUUGUAAAAACAAAAACUAAUUCGAAAAGCUAUUUUAAGCUCUAAUUGUCAAGGAAUAAACAAAACGCGAUUUGUUAUCUUCAUAGCGCAUCAGCUGGCAGCGCUGGUUUUGUUUACAUAUAUUUCCUAACAAUGCCGCGCAAAAGCAAAAAAGUUAUAAUAUCAUCAAUUACGACAAAAAGUAAAGAGAAUUCGUUAAAGUCGCCUAUAAAUAGUGAAAAAAUAAACCAAAACCGUAGAACAUUACGCUCGUCCAACUCAAAUAUCAAUAUAGAAGGAGCCGUAAACACACCAGCUGAGCGAAUUACCCAAACCAAAACUGUGACCAGCAGACGUACCAGAAGUGGGAGCAGUACAAUAAAUACAAUGGAGGCUGUCGAGCCAGAACUCACUGCUAGGAGGCGUAAAACUACUGAUGAGAGUAAGGAAAAUACGAAGGGUGGUGACGAAAUACAUGAAAAAGUAGUCCGAAUAGAAACCAAUGGGCAGAAAGAAGCGGAAGUUAGUGUAAAAUUUGAUGCCGCAGUGAUAACCGCUAAGGAAGCUAUGGUGGUGGAUAAAGGCAAUGAAAACAUGGAAGCAGAUAAAUGUGAUGCAGCUGUUGGCCAGUCACCUGCAGCAGAAGUAAAUUCCAAACCAAGUAAAAAUGUGCCAAACAGUAAUGAGAAAACUCAAAAUGAGGCUGCAGAGGCACAAACGCCCACUGAAACAACAAACAAAGAAAGCAAAACUGCACACAGGACAGACUCCAUCGAUAAACUAACCACGCUAUUCUCUAAUUUAUAUCUGAAUUCAGUGCAACGACUGUGCUUAGAGUUUCCGCCACGCUGCGCUGAGGAUUUGGUAUACUGUCGCAAGCAACAUUACCAACAACGUUUCAGUGAAAUGGUCAAACCAAGUGAAGCGCGUUUAAUGCAGCUGCGCUGUACAUUAAAGCAACAACGCUAUCUGUCAUUUCUGAAUCUUGCUUUGGAUAUGUGUCAACGGCAUGAAUUUCCUGGUGAAGACACCUUUACCAACUUAAUCGAAUUAAUUUUGAGUCUCAAUCCGAAAAGUGGUGACGCGACAUGCAUACACACAUACCACAAAUGCAUAGAGCUUUUCAGCUAUAUGGUGCGCACAUUUCCACCUUGUUGGCGCGCAACGCAUCCCGCUUAUAUUGGCUUCUUUCAACGUCCAUUGGAUGCCGAAAAAUUGAGCAACAAAUCGAAAGGCAGCGACAAACGUUUGUCCAAAUCGAAAAAAGUUUUCGACAUAAUACUCGAUUUAACUGAAAUCAUAUUCAAUGAAUGCAACAGCGAAGAACUGUCAAAGUCUGCCGAACCCAGCACACCAGUGAAAAAUAAAGGAACUGAAGGAUCAGCUGUGUCGGAAACACCGGAGAGUGUACCCUAUGAUCAUCGCAAAUGGGAAGAACGCGACACACACUUGAAUACAUUUACAGCGCUUAAGGCAACAGUGCGUUUGGAGCGUUUAUUCAUUGUUUUACGUUUAAUUUUGCAAAUACUCGAAAAUGAUUUCGUCAUGUGGAUGUUGCAUCAUUAUAGUAAGGAUAAAAAUUGGUUAUUCUACAAUGAUAGCCGACCGUUGGCGGUAUUUGUGCUUGGCAUCGCAGAGGAAGCGCAUUUGAGCGAUUUGGGACGACAGUUGUUUCUGCUUUUCGCAUUGGGUGUAAAUAAAGGUCUCAAUAUAGACUAUUUAAAAAUACUCGAGCGCUAUAUAUCACUGCUCAUGGUCAUUAGCAAUACGGCUGACAUCGAACACACUGUUUUGGGCGUCAAAUAUCCGCGUCUCGGCCCAAACACCAAGCAAGCUAUAUACGAUUUCUUUCGAAAAUUCAAAGAUCGCAAUUUAAACUCCUCCAUUGGCAACUACAUCAACGCCAUUGAUGUGCUACGUAUACCAUAUGUGCGCUACACUUUUAUCGAUCAAUUUUUGCAAAUGUUUGGCUUUUUGUAUGCCGAGGAAUUUUCGCCCGAAAAAGUGUUCAACUACAUACGUAAGAAACGUUGGCUGAAACAUAAGAAACAAGCCGAACUACAAGCUGCCAUGGAAGAGGCUGGUGAUGUUGUAGAUGAAAUCUCUUGCGAGCAACAUCUCUCACUACUAUUGGAAGCGCUAAAAGCCUACUGCAAAUGGCAUGCUUCAAAAGAAUUCAUGCAAAUCAUAUUGAAUAAACGUAACGUAAGCAGUUUGAAGAUCACCGCACAUUCGGUGCAUCAUACGCCCAUAGCUUAUGGGGGACUCUUGAAUUUGGCGCGCAUGGAGAAUGAAAUAAAUGUAUUGGAGGGUAAGCUGCGUAAGACUGUGCGUGUGGCGAAGCCGCUUAUCGAUUUGAAGCUCAUGGAUAUUUGUAUUGAUCAGGAUUUGCGUAUAAAGUAUCGUACCGAUUUGAAAUAUUUACAUGCUUUGCAAAUCAAAGUGGCGGAGCAAAGUGUCGCACAUCCAGAAGUCGAUUUCAGCGCUUGGCAAACUUUUCUGCUUGACUUCAAAGUGGAUUAAUUUGAUUAAUUUGAUUUGUAUUGUAUUUUAUACACUCUUCCAGUUAGGCAACUUUUAUUGCUGUGUUUAAGUUUAAAAAUAUAAUAUAGUAUUUCUCAUAAGUUUACCUACCUUUUUUAUGUAGUACGCGUUGUUCCAAUAUGUAAAUACUUGUAUGCAUAUGCAUAUUUGUAUGUUGUUUCCAUAAAUUAUUGCAAAAAAAAGAACACACAUUUUUUUUUUUGAUUUUAUGACAAUUUUUUGUACACUUUUUCUGCGCCUUAAAACAUAUUAUUUAUUACUUUAUUUGUAUUAUUUUGUUCAUCUUAUGAAUUUAUAUCGCUUACUAAUCAUAUAUUUAAUAAUUAUAACAUUUCUUUUGCUGCAUUUACUAUAUCUUGUAUUCAAUACAAUAUCUUAUUUAUUUGUUUCUUGGCUUAUUAUCAUUGGUAUAGUAUACAGAAUUUUUUUAUAGAGGCUACUUUUGAAAAAAAAUUUAAGAUUUUUUAACGCAAUUUCUUUUUGUUUUUUUCAAAAAUAAAAUUUAAUUUAAAUAUUAUAUAUUUGUGUUAUGAUUUAAAAAAAAAAUAAUAAUUUAAAAUAUAUACAUAUAUGUGUAUAUAUGUAUUCUAUUUUUUUCAUUAAAAAAAAUUUUAAUUUUUCUAUAAUUUUUUCUUUUAUUGCAAAAAAAAUUUAUUUACUUUUAUAUAUUUCUAUUUUCAUUAAAAAAAAAUUGUCAAUUGAAACAAAAUUUGUUAAACAUACUACAUACAUUUAUAUAAAUUUAUAAUUGUGUCAUAUUUUUGUAAAUUCGUGUUUGCUUUAUAUUUUGUUUAUUUAUUUUUUGUUUUUAUUCUGCUAUAUACACGCAAAUCUGCAAGCCAUAGAAGUGUCACUGAGCACUUUGCGCAACUACAUAUAUGUAUGUAUGUAUAUCUGUAUAUCCAUCGUAUAUUUGUUUGCACUCGUAAUCGACAUUGGUUUUUGUUGGUUUAGUUGCAAUUUUUGCCUAGUUUAGCAACUAUAUGUAUUACUUUCUUCUUCGUGUUUCAAAGAAAUUUACUUUAUAUAGAAUUAAAAUAACUAAGGUUUGAAGAAUUCAAAAAAAAAUUUCAUUUGUGGUUUUUUUUUUGUUUUGAACCCAGAAUUUAUAAACGUUUGCCAUGAAGCCAAAAUAUUUUAUAUAUUGAAUAUGAAAUCUACAAAAACAAAAAAAAACUAAUAAUUUCUUUUACUUGUGUUUAUAUGUUAAUUGAAAGUAAUUGAUGUUAAUAUUGUAAAUAAAAUAUAAGGCAUUUCUUAAGAAUAAAAUCAUAAAUGGUAUGUGAAGGCAACGAAAAAAAUAUUAAAAUUGUCAAAUCUACGAAAAAAUAUAUGUAUGUUUUUAAGACAGAUUUUUUGAGCCAAUUCGACAGUAAGAUCAU